AUGGUGCUCAUGCAGCAGGGGCCCAACCAGCCCUCAGGCCUCAACGUCAGCCGUAGAAUUUCCUCCCACAUCUCCAAAUCCACGAAGGACCUGUCUUGCAUGAAGGUACCUCAGGACUCUGCCCACAGGGACAGACAGGUCUACCAUACAACCAUCCUGCUCAGCAAAUCACACCGCAGCCUGGCUGCCCUGGUGCCCAAGGAGCACAAGGUGCUCAUGGAGGAAGCCUACGGGGCCAUCUGCUUCAAGAUGCUCCGGGACCUGAAUGGUUCAGACCCCCUCUGCCUGAAGUCCGUUGUCAAGAAGAUCAAGAACAUGGCUCGCGGAGCCCCCAACCUGGUUCUGGAAACCACCCCUGACUGCUUUGUAGACAAGCCAGAGAUCUCCACCCGGCACAAGUUCCAGCUGUUCCACGUUCUGGAGGCCAUCGUUAGAGCCAGUGACUCCCUGGAGGAGACCUGGGAGAAAACCUUCAUGCAGCUGGCCCUGGGGAACAUGACCAAAUCCACGCUGGAAGAGGUGUCCCAGGACGCGGCCGGCGGUGAGCUGGUGGCCACCUGUAAGCACUCGUGGGGGUGGCCUACCUCUGGAACCGAGGUCCUGACAGGUGUCUUCCCACACCACAGCCUUCUCUACGUGAUGGGCAUCCUGACCUCUAACAGGAGGGGCAUCUCCGGGGAUAAGUACCCCGCCCAAGGGCUCUCGGGCAAAUCAGAGCUGGCCCAGGAGACUCAGAAGAGGGAAGGGGGCAGGAGGAUGGCCAUCAAGUCAGUCCAGUUCCUGAACACGGGUGUGUGGUCCGAGGCGCUGCUGCGGGCACUCACCAAGCCAGACCGGACAUAUCAGGAGCAGCCCCCAGAGAAGGCCUUCCUGCUCCUCUACUAUGCGAUCCUUCAAGCUGAGGGUAACAGCAUCGCCAUCAGGACACACCUGAGAACCCUCCUGGAGACAGACGUCCCACCAUGGCCCAAGCAGAGGGAGGGCGCUGCUCUCACAGCGGGGCUGGCCCCAGCCCGCCGCCGCCACGUCUGAGCUGUCCUGCAGUAGUUUGGCCGCAGCUGGCCCAUCAGGCGGAGUCUGCCCACCACCCACGGCAAGAAUUCAGAGGCUCUGCAGUGGGAAUGGGCUGGCAGCACCAUCCUCCUGGCCUGUGGGCAGGUGGCGGCCCGGGCCAGGGCCCACACCCUCCCGUGGGCCGACGCCACCUUGUCCCAGGUGGUCUUCCUCCUCCACUGCAGCUCCUGGGAGGAGCCCCUGAGGCAGAGCUAUCCCACCGCUGUCCCUAUGCUGGUGGAGGCCAUCAGCCGCAACGAGGGCUCCCACAGCUACGAGUUCUCCCUGAUCUCGGAGCUCCUUGAGUGUCUGAUGGUUUUGUUGGAGAAGGAGCCCCAGGACUUGCUGUGCACGUUUCACCAGCAGACCAUCCACAUCAUCUCCAGCCUCUGUAAGCUAAGGCCCCCCACCAGCUCGGAGAGGAAAUCGCAGCUCCUGUCCAUCUGCCUGCACAGCGUGUUGGCCCUGCCACUGCUGGAUGUCCUGGAGAAACACACCUGCCUCUUUCUGGAGCCCCCCAACAUACAGCACUUGUCUGGCUGGCUGGCGGAGGAGAAGGCUCAGGGCCGACAGCAGGCUGUGCAUAGCUGCAUGGCCCUCCUCAAAUUCCUGAGCCACGACUUCUAUCUAGAUCCCAGAGAGGACUUCAAAUGGAUUGGGGAGCUGGUAGGCAUGCUGGGGAUACUGUGCCAGGACCCAGAGAGGGCCACGCAGAGCUCCAGCCUGGAACGAGUGAGCCAGCUCUACCAGCUCCCGAUGCGCCGGAGAGGCGAGCCUCCGUGGGCCACCACAGUGCACCAACUGCCCCCCAACCGCAGCCUAGCUGAGCCCACGCCAGCUCUCAAACCCAGUCCACCUGCCUCUGUCCUCAGCCUGAGCCCUGGAAUGGCCUCCUCCGCACCCCCAGACACCCUCAGACUCCUGUCCCUGAUCUUGGGCGUAGGCCUGACCCUGACUCCAAAUGACCCACCUGACUCCUGCCUGUCCCAGCCUAGACCCCAAGCCCUCCUUUGCCCCGCCCUCACCCCUGCCCAAUCCCGCCCCUGGCCAGCAGGUGGCACUUCACAGGUGGAUGCGCAGGCCCCCAAGCUGCUCUUCCAGGGCAGUGCAGAUAGAGCCCCCCUCUGGAGCAGCAGAGACCAGAAGGUGGCUGCCCCCAGCCCCCAGGAGGUGGCAUUCCCAAAGGACUGCAAUGUCCAGCUUGGCCACUCCCAAGUCACCAAGGAGGUCAUAAAGCAUCUCACAAUGGCUGAGCUGACCGACCUCAUCUGGACAGCUAUCGAUGGCCUAGGCUAUCCCAGCCCCUUCCAAGUACAGGCCACUGCCAGCAUGCUGCCCACUGUUGUCCAGGAGCAUGGGGCCAAGCCGAAGACUGUUGCCAACCUGGGCCGGGACAGCCACUUGCAGCUGUGUUCUGUCUGCAUCCCCCGAGCCAAGGAAAACGCCCUUCAGGCCAUCCCCCUGCCGGCCUGGGCCCACACCUCAGCGCUGGGGACCGCCUUCCUGGAUUCCUCUGGGCCCCGGACAGCCAUCCCCUCGGCAAGGACAGCUCCAGGCUCAGGCAUCUCCCCUCCACCUCUGACCAUGUCCCACUUUUACUGCGCACUCCCUCCGGCACCCCAUGAGCCUCUGCCCUCCACAACCGCCAGCCCCCUGCCCCACCCACCUCACAGUCCCUCACCUGUCGUCAUCUCUCUUCUCACCAGUGCCACAAACGCUCUGUAUGAGCUGCAGUUCACCCAAGAGUUCAAGAAGGCCGUGCAGGAGGCCUAUGCAGAGCUCCUCCUGGCCCUCCUCACCCGGAUACACGACAUCUUGGAGCUGAGCCUGCCCAAGGAGCCCCAGCCCAGCCAGGAGGCCCGGGAGGCAGCCACGUCCAGUCCCCAGAGUUGUCAGACCACCUCAAGCUCGCUGGAGGCACUAGAGAGCCUGCUCUCCACUGCGGGCCACUGGCAGGGCUUUGCCCACCUGGGGAUGCAGGGCGCCUGGGAGCUCUUCUCCAGCACCCACACCAACCCUCAGGGCGUGGGCCUCCUUGCCAGAGCAAUGGUUCGAGCCAGACAGGUGCCAGGCUGCAGCAGGCUUGUGACCACACAGAUGCAGGCUCCCUGUGGGAAGGCACCAGGCCUGACCUGCCUGUCCUGUCCUUGGGGGCCACCCCAGUUCCUCUACAGCCCCACCCUGCUGGAAGUGCUCCCCAGAGAGGCUGCCCUGACCAUGCUGGAACAAAGCCUCGGGGACCCCAGCCCUGACGUCUGCAUGUUGAGCCUACAGGGCCUGGGAAACAUCAUCUUCCACCCAGAGAAGGGAAGCCUGCUCCAGGGACAACUGCUGCCCUUCCUGGACAGCUCCUUGCAGGGCAGCGAGCUGCUGGUGUACAUCCGGGGCACCGUGUCUGAGGCGCUGCACGGCCUCGGGGCACGUGGCAUGGGCGCCCAGAUCCUUGGUGCAGCACUCAAAGCCCGCUCCUUAUUUGAGGACGAGCAGGACAGGAUGCGGGCUGCGGCCAUGGCUCUGUUUGGGGACUUGGUGGCAACAAUGGCAGGCAAGGAGCUGCCCGGCUGUCACCAUGUAGGCCACGUUCACCUACCCCGCGCCACGCAGCUGUGCUGGCGGCUUCGGCACACCCUCUUCUGUGCGCUCACCUGGGAGAUGGGCCUCAGUGCCCGCCACUUCCUCUGGCGCUGCCUGAUGACCCACAGCCAGGAGUUCAGCACCCACCUGGCACAGGCCCUCAGCUACCUGCACAGCCACCACCACCACAUCAAGACCUGGGACCCCCGGGGUCUGUUGGCAAGAGAGGGAAGGUGGUGGGCAAGGGGGCCUUGGGGCGGCAGGAGUGGGUCUGAGCCUCCAGAGAAGACAGGGAGAUGCCCCCGUGCACUGCCCAGCGUGUCUCUCCACCCCUCACAGUACCCCAUCUGCUGCCACCCCCAGGCUGUAUCCCAGGUGACGAAUGAGGUCAACACCAACCUGCUGCUCUGUACUUUCAAGGAUCUCAAAAGAGACCCGGAGCCUGGCAUCCAGGAAUUCACCACCAGGCAGGGUACCUUCCUCCAGGAAGUGGCGGCCAGACCGCAGUGACCGGCAGCUGCCCUCCUCCCCCACCACCCGAGUCCACGGUGUCCCCAUCCAUCAGCCCUGCCCCGUCCAUACACAGCUUGGUUGCAUAAUAUUUUUCCACUUUAAAGAAAGAUCUAGAUUCAACAAAGAACCGUCAUACCUAUCAGCUCCCCGUCCACCAUCUCGCGGUCCCCCAGGGACCGAGGCAAGCCCAGGAGACACUGGCAGGGUUAGAGGGCAGGGCCACC